CUUCUGUCCCCAGGAAGAACCACAGCAUUUUUCCUUAAGCUAGUGUUCUUCCUUUGUUUUUCCCUCUUUUUCACUACCAUUUUCUCUUGCAUUCUUGCUCUUUAGUUUAUUUUAUUUUUUUCUCAAAGAAAAAAAGAAUGGAGAAGCUAGGAAGUUCAAGCAACUUCAUUGAGAGCUCCAAACCCUACUUCGCAAUGAUCUCUUUGCAAUUUGGCUAUGCUGGCAUGAAUAUCAUCACCAAGGUUUCUCUAAACAGAGGGAUGAGCCACUAUGUUCUUGUUGUCUAUCGCCAUGCUUUCGCUACAGCUAUCAUCGCUCCCUUUGCCUUCUUCUUUGAGAGGAAAGCUCAGCCAAAAAUCACUUUCCCAGUUUUCAUGCAAAUAUUCAUCCUGGCUCUUCUGGGGCCGGUGAUUGAUCAGAAUUUCUACUACGCCGGGUUGAAAUAUACAUCUCCAACGUUUUCAUGUGCAAUGAGCAACAUGCUUCCGGCUAUGACUUUUGUGAUGGCCGUCAUAUGCAGAAUGGAAAAGGUGAACAUGAAGAAAGUGAGGUGUCAAGCAAAGGUGGUAGGAACGGCAGUGACAGUGGCUGGGGCCAUGUUGAUGACUUUAUACAAAGGACCUGUAGUGGAGAUGAUUUGGACUAAACAUAUCCAUCCUCGGAAAUCUUACGUCACCGACACCACCGGCACCGGCGAAAAGCACUGGUUCCUUGGCUCCAUUUUUCUUAUCAUUGCCACUCUUGCCUGGGCCUCUUUGUUUGUUCUUCAAAAUAAGGCCCUGAAUACCUACAAGAACCAUCAACUUUCACUGACAUCAAUGGUAUGCUUUGUGGGCACUCUACAAGCAACUGCCGUCACAUUUGUUAUGGAGCACGAUCCCUCUGUCUGGAAAGUUGGCUGGGAUAUGAACCUCCUUGCUGCCGCCUAUGCUGGAAUUGUUACAUCAAGUAUUUCAUACUAUGUACAAGGUCUAGUGAUGAAGAAAAGAGGGCCAGUCUUUGCAACAGCUUUUAGCCCCUUGAUGAUGAUCAUUGUUGCAAUCAUGGGCUCCUUCAUCCUUGCAGAGAAGAUUUUCCUUGGAGGAGUACUUGGUGCAGUGUUGAUAGUCAUUGGUCUAUACUCGGUCCUAUGGGGAAAGCAUAAAGAGAACAUGCAGAAAACAGAGGAGGAGAUACCAGAGGCCAUAAAAGGUCCUCAAAUAAAUGGCCAUGGAAAUGGGUCAAUUUCAAUAAUGGAAGAUAUUGAAGCAAAUGAAGGUGAAUUGAAGAAGUUGGCUAACGACAAGCUCUCAUCACUUGCUAUUACCAUGCCCUCCCAAGAACCACAGAUGAUAUUAGUCACUAACCCACAACAAAAAGCUUGAAGUUAAUAUGUAAUCAAAGGGAAAGAGGGAUGGCCAUGGAAAUGGAAAUGGAUGGGGAUGGGAUUUUUUGUCUUUUGCAUCUCCAAGUUCUCAAAACCCUUUUUUUUUUCCAACUUUUUUGGUUCUUAAUAUUAAUGUGUAAGGGGGUUUUGUUGUGUGUAUGUAAGCUAAUAUUGUAAUGACUACUUUUGAGGUUAAUGGAAUUAUCAUGAGAAUCCCAGUAGAGGUUAUGUACCUAUUUUCUCACUAA